AUGGUGAUCAACAAGGUCAAUGGCCUCGUCUGGAACGAAAUCUACGAAGCAGCUGAGGUCUAUUUAGGCCCCAAGAUCAUCCAAGACACUCGUCGCCUGAAAAUCAGCAAAUCAGACAACGAAAAGAACAUUAACAUAACCAUGGAACGCACCGAACAAACAGAGUCAAGAAACUUACUAGAAAUGAACUCGAUUAUAGGACAUGAAGUCCGAUCUUUUGAGCUCACGUUUCACAGAAAGCACAAAGGUUUCGUUAUCAACUCUUACUUGCCCCAUAUCAUGAGAGAAGCAAAGUUGAAGAAACAAGAGAACAAGGCAAUAAAGAUCUUUACAGCCAAUUAUACGACUGUAAGCGAAUGGUAUACGGAAUUAUGGGAAUCGAUGAGUUUGGACCACCCGGCAACGUUUGAGACAUUAGCAAUGGAUUGGAAGGUGAAAGAGGUGUUGAAGGAUCUUGAUAGGUUUGUGAAGAGGAAAGAAUAUUAUAGGAAGGUGGGUAAGGCUUGGAAGAGAGGGUACUUAUUGUAUGGUCCUCCUGGGACUGGGAAAUCGAGCUUGAUCGCGGCUAUUGCCAAUUACUUGAAUUUUGAUAUCAGAAUUGACCGCGACAUUGACUGCAACAUUGACUUCCAUGAUAGAUCGGCUCGGGAGCAGGAUUCAGAACAAAAUGAUCAGGAAGAUAGCAAGACAAAUCACAAGGACAAGCUUGACCCUGCGUUGUUGCGGCCGGGUCGCAUGGAUGUGCACAUCCACAUGUCUUAUUGCACCCCAUGCGGUUUCAAGCUUCUUGCUUCGAAUUAUCUCGGUAUCGAACAACAUGAGCUUUUCGGAGAGACUGAGAAAUUGAUUCGAACCAUAGAGGCCGCACCAGCGGAAGUAGCCGAGCAGCUAUUGAAGGAUGACGAGCCCGGUACUGCACUCAAUGGCUUGAUUGAUUUCCUCCAUGUGAAAAAGAUUGAAAAUAACGAAGCCGAAGCCAAAGCCAAAGCCAAAGCCAAGAAAAUAGAACAAGAAUCAAUCUGUAAGGAGGUGAGUGAACAAGGAUUUGAGAGUGAAAAUGAAGAGAAAGAAGGCAUAUCCCAAGAAAAUUAA